GACGCGUCGGUAGCCAGACUUCGUUCACACGGCUGCGAGCUGCGGUACUAGCUGACAGACGGAGGAUAGGCCAACACAAAAAUAACUAGUCUGAUAUGAUCCACUGAGUGAGAAUGUAAAGCACAGCAUCUGGGUGUUUUUAGGACCGUGAAACAUGACUGGUUGGGUGCCAACCGUUGAAGCCAAAUAUGCAGUGGCUAUUUAUAACUUUGAGGGAAGUAAUUCCUUUGAAUUGAAGCUGAGUGUAGGGGACACCGUGCAAAUUCUGGAAGAAUGUUCAGGCUGGUACAAAGGUUUCACAAGGAACCGAAGGCUCAGGGGGAUUUUUCCAAAGACUUAUGUUCAUGUCAAGGAGGCAUCCGUGGAAAACCGAGGGGAUGUGUUGGAGACAGUUACACCAAAAGAAACGCCGGUUGUUCAUGAGCUGACAACGGUGAUCCGAGAAUGGGGAGUGCUGUGGAAACAACUCUAUGUGAAGGUGAACAGGGAACUGUUCAACACCAUUCACAAGAUGAUGUACGAGCUGAUAGACUGUCAGAAGCAGAUUGUCUCAGGCACCCUCCCUGUAGAUGAACUCAAGGAUCUCAAGCAGCAGGUUACUUCUAAGAUAGACUGUGGCAACAGGGCCCUUGGUCUUGACCUGGUGAUUCGGGACGAAGAGGGUGGUAUACAGGAUCCGUUCUCAGUCAGCACUGUGGCCCUGUUCAAACAACACGAGAUGGCGACGCAAAGGAUAGGCCAGCAGCAGAAUGAAACGCUUAAUCUAGGAGUGCCCAAGAACAUCAAGCAAGCCAAUGUGUAUUCCUACAAUCUGUUUGUCAACCUGAAGAAUGUCGUCUGCAGAAUUGGUGAAGAUUCAGAUGUCUUGAUGAGUCUGUAUGAUGUCAAGGAGCAAAGACACAUCAGCGAGAGUUUUGUUGCCAAAUGGAGCAGCAAAGGCAUCCCCCGGGACAUCAGUCUCCUGUACAGCCUCAAGGCAAUUUUCACGGAUCUUGGUGCGAAGGAUCUACAGAGAGAGAAAGUGUUCCUAGUCUGCCAAAUCAUUAGAAUAGGUAAAAUGGAGCUGAAAGAAGGAGACAAUAACAAGAAGUAUACCACAGGGUUGAGGCGGCCAUUUGGUGUGUGUGCCAUGAAUAUCAGUGAUAUACUGUCUGGUCGUGUGGACACCGAUGAAGAUAAACAACACUUCCUCCCAUUCCAAGCGAGUACCGGGGAAGAGUCACUGGACAGUAUGGUGCGCAAGGUGGUAGUCGCCAGGGAAAUCAACCACAAGGGCCAAGGGAUCUGGGUGGGCCUGAAGAUGGUGCCAGGAGAUGUCAAGCAGGUUUGGAAAGACUAUCCACACCUGAUGGACAGCAGAACGGCCAUUGCCAAGAAGAUGGGCUUCCCAGAGGUCAUCAUGCCAGGCGAUGUCCGCAAUGAUGUCUAUGUGACUUUAUUACAAGGGGAGUUUGAUCGAGGCAACAAACCCAAGGCUAGGAAUGUACAAGUCUCCAUUGAGGUCUGCUCAAGUGAUGGCUCGGUGCUAGAGGAUGUUAUCUACACAGCAGCAGGGGAACCUCCAAGCAGUAAAUAUCACUCUGUCGUGUACUACCAAAUCAAGUCCCCCAAGUUUUAUGAGACAGUCAAGGUUGCCAUACCCAUCGAGGAAUUCUGCCAGCCAGACACUCAUGUCAGGAUAACAUUCAAGCAGAGAUCCUCCUCAGAAACCAAAGACAGACAAGAGAAGCCAUUUGGUGUGGCCUACCUCCGCCUGAUGACAGACAUAGGCACUACAAUUGUCAAUGGAGAGCAUGAGCUGUUAGUGUAUAAGUGUGACAAGCUCCAGGACGUGAUUGGUACCCACUACCUGGACCUGCCCUCCACUAAGCAGGAGCUGGAACGCAAACACCAGCACCAGACUAGUAGUGGCAGCGGCGGCAGCUCAAGCAGCCUGGGCAGCACAGGUAGCCUUUUCCGCAGCAAGAGCUAUGGUCUGAGCACCAAGGACUCGCUGCAGAUUGCCACACUAGUCUGCUCUACCAAGCUGACACAGAACGUUGAUCUGCUGGGCUUGUUGAAGUGGAAAUCUGAUCGGAGUAACCUUCAGGCUAACCUGGAGUCUCUCAUGAAAGUGGAUGGAGAAGAAGUGGUCAAGUUUCUUCAAGACACCCUGGACGCAUUGUUCAGUAUCUUAACAGAGUCGCCGCAGUCCAACGAAUAUGAUGAACCAGUCUUCAAUGCCUUGAUCUUCAUCAUUGGGCUGAUAGCAGACCGCAAGUACCAGCAAUUUAGACCCGUCCUGGAUGCAUACAUUAAGGAGCAUUACAGCGUCACUUUUGCAGAUGUCAAACUCAUGAGAGUUUUCAAGAACUACUUGGACAAUGCUGGAGAGAAGGGAAUGCAGGAUCAGUUGCUGAAAACAAUGAAAGCGAUGGAGUACAUCUUCAGAUUCAUCAUGAAAUCAAGGAUGCUGUUCACUGCGUUGCAUGGUGAUAAUACUGACAGGAACCAAUUUGAAGCCCUUCUGAAGGAUGUGUUCCUGUCUCUCAAAUGGCUCAUGACCUACACGUCUGACAACGUCCUUCUGUGCCAGGGAGCUGCUAUGAAGUACUUGCCCUCAACACUGACUGAUACCUUGACCAUGCUGGAUCCAGAGGAGCUGGCUGUACUAGUCAAGGAUUUCCUUGCCAGUUUGCCUGCCGACCGUCUGGUCAAGCAGAAGAUGGAUUGCAUCAGGGACAUUGUGCACAGCGAUCUCUUCAAACUCAGACACUGCCGAGUAAUACUGGUUCCCAUGGUAACACAGUUCCUCAAGAGUCUGCUGACUAAGAAAGAAGACAUGCGAUUGGUUGCUGACGUCCUGAGUGAAAUCCUGGACACCCUGUGGAGGAAAGAUAUGGGACCAACCCAUGGAGACAUUUCAGAGGUGAUGCACACGUUACUUCGAACCGUCAUACAGUCAAUCAUCUUCAUGUACAUCGAGAAUGAUGAUACGCUCAUUGGGAAGUUUGUCAGUUGUAUCAUCUCCAUCUUGAAUCAGAUGACUGAGUUCCACUACCAGGAGUACAUCAACUCCUUCCCCACUAGGACAGACCUGCUAGAUUUCCUGAUGGAGAUCUUCAUGGUCUUCCGUGAUCUUGUCUCCAAGAACAUCUACCCGCCUGACUGGGCUACCAUGAUUGUCCAGCAGAACAGUGUCAUCCUGUUAGCCAUGAAGCAGUUUGCCCGUGUCUUACAUCGUUCCUUUGUCCGCGUCGAUGAGUUUGAGUCCCAGCUCUGGAAUAACUUCUUCCAUCUUGCAGUGGCCUUCGUGACGCAGGAAUCGCUGCAGCUGGAAAACUUCAGUUCUGCCAAAAGGAACAAGAUCUUGGAAAGAUAUGGUGACAUGCGUCGGGAGGUAGGCUUUGCCAUCAUUCGUACCAUGUGGAACUACCUGGGCAAGAACAAGAUCCGUUUCAUCCCUGAGAUGGUAGGACCAUUCCUGGAGGUCACCUUGGUACCUGAGACGGAGCUCCGUAAAGCCACGCUCCCUAUCUUCUUUGACAUGAUGCAGUGCGAGUGCAACAUCCGCGGCAACUUCAAGGAGUUUGAGCGUGAGAUCAUUAGUCAGCUAGAUGCACUAGUUGAAGGUGGUCAUGGUGAUGAACAAUACAGGGAACUCUUUGGACAGAUGAUCGGUGAAUACUGCAAGCAGAACACGACCAGGUUUGGAAACGAGGGGCUGACUUUCAUCAAAGUGGUGCAAGACCUGAUGGGUCGGCUGUUGGAAUACCGUGACGUAAUCCAUGAUGAGAGCAAAGAGAAUAGGAUGAGUUGCACUGUCAACCUGCUGAAUUUCUACAAGGACAUAGACAGGCAAGACAUGUAUGUGCGGUACCUAUACAAGCUGUGUGAUCUGCACUUGGAAUGUGAUAACUACACAGAGGCUGGCUUUGCACUGCAACUACACGCAGACAGGCUGCAUUGGUCUGACAAACCCCUGUUGACACACAGUGACAAAUACCCUGAGGCACUGACAGAGAGGCAGCUGAAGGAACUCCUGUACUACGAUAUUGUGGAUUUCUUUGACAAGGGAAAGAUGUGGGAGAAAGGCAUUCUCCUGUGUAAAGAGUUGCAAGUCCAGUAUGAGAAGGAACUGUUUGACUACAUCCAACUCAGUGAACUGCUUCAAAGAAUGGCCCACCUGUAUGACAAGAUAAUGAAGAUCCCCCGCCCAGCUCCCGAGUACUUCAAGGUCAUGUACAUCGGCCAUGGCUUCCCAUCAUUCCUCAGGAACAAAGUCUUCAUCUAUCGAGGCAAGGAGUAUGAGCGGCUGGCUGACUUUGUUGCCCGGUUACAGCAGCAAUUUCCCAACGCUACAAUGAUGAACAAAACCACGCCACCAGACAGCGAACAGAUGCAGUCCAAGCAACAAAUUCUUCAAGUUGUUCCCGUCCAGCCGUUAAGAGAAGAACGAAGGGAGUUCAAAGGCAAAACUAUCUGUGAUCAAAUCCUAAGUUACUAUGCAGUGAAUGAGUUGCAGAGAUUCUCCUACUCAAGAGCCUUCCACAGGGAAACCAAGGACAAAGACAAUGAGUUCAAAACGAUGUGUAUUGAGAGAACCUACUUCACUACAGCCUACCGGCUGCCUGGCAUUCUCAGAUGGUUUGAAGUUCUCAAAACAGCCUCCGAGGAGCUGACCCCCAUCCGUAAUGCCAUUGACAGUAUGGAGGAUGCCAACAGUAAGGUGAAGCAGAUGAUUGGUCAGUACCAGGCUGACUCCAGCCUUCCCAUCAACCCUUUGAGUCUGCAGCUGAAUGGUGUGAUUGACUCGGCCGUCAUGGGCGGACCGGCCAAAUAUGAGCAGGCUUUCUGCACUGAUGAGUAUGCAGGGGAGCAUCAAGAGAAUGGCAUCCACAUCACCAGACUCAAGGAACUCUUUGCUGAACAGGUGGCAUUGGUUGAGGUGGGUUUGAUGUUACAUCGCAACAAAAUGAAGGAGGAUUUGCGGCCGUUCCAUCAGAAGAUGGAAGUCAUGUUUGUCAAGAGAAAGGAAUUGGUGGAGGAACGAUACGGCAAAAAGCUUGUGGAAGGUUUUGCAUUGACCCCCAAUGAUCGCAUGAUCCAGUCCUACGCUCGGCGUUUCUCACGAGGUCAGUCAGACCGGCCACUGUCUGCCAUGUCCAACUCAUCCACAUCGUCAGACACUCAUGGGUCUCGGAGUAGCAUUGUCUCCAAUCCAGACAUGAUGAGCUACUUGCAAUUAGUCAGUUCCACUGUGUCCCAGCAUUGGAACUUUAACUUGACCACACCCCGGCGCAUGAGUGACUCUGCAACCUAUUCCAGGGGACAAGGUACCCCCAGCGGCAAGUCGUCAGGCCAACACAAGGAGAAGGGUUCAGGCAGCCCUGCCAAGAGGAACAGCAAGGAUCUGUCAGCAGAGGACUCAGGCUCCAAUGCCAGCACACCGUCUAAAGAGACAGCCAAACCAAUCAUCCUGGAUGAGAAGAUAUCAAGUGCCAGGCCGCUUCGUAAGGACAUGAAGAAAGCCAACGCCUCUCCCUUACCUAGGCCACUCAAAGCCAUGUCUAUGCAUGUCCCCAUGAUCACAACCUCCCCUGGUGAUGAGCCUGAACUCCCUCCUAAGCUACCCCCUAAGCAGGCCUACAGUGACUACUCCAGUUUGCCGCUCUAUGAUGGUGCACCCAAUCCCCUCCCACCCAAGAAACUCAGCCUGCAGCUAGGUGGCACGCCGCUCAGGGAUAGGCCGCCUCCACUCCCAGACAAGGAAGCUAGUGGCGCAGCAUCCCAUAUGCCUACAAUGAAAGAGCCUCUCCUUCGCCAUGGAUCACCAUUGAGAAAACCCACCACCAACAACACUCACAAGUAGUCACAUAACUCAACAGCUCCACCCCACCCCCCCCCCCCCCCUUACAUAGUGUGACAACAAAACUCCACAAAACUGUAUCAAACCUAAAGCUGGAAGGAAUUCUUCAGGUCAUUGAAUUGUACAGUAUGUUCAAUAUUUGAUGUCAAUUUGACAAGGCCACUUCAGACUCAGACAUUAUGGAGGAUUGGAGGCUGCCAUUCUUUAUACCAAUCCCCUGCUGAGGGUGUCUCUGAUAUGUCAACAUCUUUCACUGGUGCAUAUGCCCCACUUGCUCUAUUAGCAGUUGUUACAAGUUACCAGUGAAGUUUACCCAAUUCCACUCAUUGCCCUAUGGGUGGUAUUCACAGGAAAUCUUGUCAACCUUGUCAUCAGCUGUGGGAUCCGUGAAACUUGACUAAAAAUUGUUCUGAUUAAUAUUUCUACUUAACAUUCAAUGUGCAUUUGUACUUAAAUUAAAGACAGUUGUUGGUGCAUAGUAGAAUUGCAGUCAAGUCAGUCACACGGUCAAUCACAAACUCAAAUGACAAGUCAGGCUUACAAGUAACAGAGGAUGAACAAUAGUACAGAAAUGUAUCUGUCAAGGUUCAUUGGAAGAGCUUGUCUCAUGAGACUGGAGGACAUGCGAUUGACGUGUGAUUGACUUAACAGGAUUUGUUGUAUAAUAAUGAAAUCUCUAGUGCGUGGGGUGAAGGCAACUUGGAACAUUUCACUCCCCUACAUCUGAAUAUGAACAAUCUAUGCACAAAUCGAUGUUUGUCUGGGAUUGAUUGCUAAUUGUUUUAGUCACAUGUAAAGCAAAGUGGUGGUGCUUUAGUUUCUCCAAAAGAACCCACAGUUUUGGUUCCUUGAUGCAAAUGUCGACACUUCCUUCAUGAGUCAAAGAUAAUAAUUCCAAAAACUUCAUCACCUUGCAGUGUGUCCAGAUUUGCCAUAAUUCAGUACUUUCUAAUUUCUGAAGUCAGUUAAAAGAUGUUUUGAUUAUUAUGUGUUGGUUUUCUAAAUUGUGACAUAAUAGUUGUAUGUGUAAUGAAUGGAAGCUAUGCAGCACCUUACAGGUUCAAGCCUGUUGGUUUUUCAUAAUACUUUGCCAUUAAUGGUAAGAAGUACCUUAAUCUGUUCAUUGCUGAGCUGAGGUUUGACAUGUACUAUGCAGCAUGGCAACAGUUUGUGAAAUUAUUUGGGCAGGGGGCUGAGUAGUAUCCGAGUAGUAUUUCACAUUGUCUUUAAUGAAAUGCAAAAAUAGCUGGACUAUUUGCUGCCGUCAGUUAAAAAAAAAACCAUAACAUUCCACAGGCUGGAUAACCUGUGGUCAGUGUUUAUGCUCAAGACCAACUAGGUUACUUGGAAAACAAGCUGUACUAUCUUUUAUUUCAUUGACAUGAUUUGAGGUAUUGCUGGUUCAAAUUAAAUAAAAUAUAAAAGUUAGGGAGUUACAAGGUACUGCACUGAAAGUAUAAUAUAACCACGAUACCCUCAGCUUCUAGAAAAAUGUGCAGUUAUUGCUUACAUGGCAUGAUACAUAUUUGGACUGUGCUUUCGGAUUCUGUUAAGACUUGAAAAGCUAAGGAGUCUAAUUUUCUUUGUGUGAAUAUGCAUAUUCUCAGUGACUAAGAUUCCAAGGGUACUAAAAAAAAAGUUAUAAUAGUCACUGUCCUGCGCAUUUUGACGCAACUUUAAAAUGGUGACGCUGAAUGGUAGGAGGAAUAUCUCACUGAAUAAAAAUAGGAGACUGAAAAUCUGGGACACAAAAAGUAGCUCUUCCAUCAAAAGCAGAAGCAUUUUUUGUAAUUGUUAUUAAUCCAGAAAAAUUGCUGCAGGUUUUAGUUUUUUGUGUGAAUGGUGAUUAUAAUUAUUUUUGCUUUACUUUACUCUUUUUAAUCCAACUUGUGUGUCUAUUUUUUGUUUUUGGUUUUUAAGACUGAAGUGUCUUUUGUACAUAAGAACAGAUGAAAUAUACCAUAAUUUGUCUUUUGUUGUUUGGUUAUCUGUAAAUUAUUGUAUAGAAUCAGGUAGAAGAGACUUGUAUGUGUUGUGUAGUGAGUAGUGGCAAUAGGUGUGUGUAACACUGGAUAAUGUUAAAUCUUGGAGAACGGUAGCACUUAAAUAGUACUUGAUGAUUACUAUAUAUAAUGUAUAAUAUUCUUCAUACUUUGGCUUUUUUUCCUCUCAAUAACAGUGAAAGGCCUGUGAUUCCUAGUGUUUAUUGCUGUCUAUGACACAUUACCUAUGAUCUCAUUCACCAGACUGGAGUAGCUGUGUAGUCACAGUGUACAUGGCUGAUUUGAAUGUGCCACAUUUGUACUUGAACUCCAUUGCAGCUAAAAUUAUGGGAAAUUUAAAGACACAAAUUCUGCAAAAUAGUUCCUGUAUUUGUUUGAAGUUUGUAAUCAAUCUUCUCAGAUUAUGGGGUUUUUUUCACAAGUUUUUCAUAUUGUUUAAUUACAAUGCAUUUUGUAUUUUUGUGUAACAAUCAGGUACUCAAAAACGUAUUGUUUCAGACUUUCAGGAAAUCACCCUAGAACCUAACUUAAUCGUUUAUUUUUUUCAAAUUCAUUAGGUGACAUAAUGGGAAAAAUGUGACCAGAUUCGACAAAACUAGUCUUGAAGUAAUUUUCCUUCUCAUUUUGGUCAUAUGAAUUAUAUUUGCAUACGUAAACCUCGCAUUUUAUUUUUUGCUCACAAAAAGACAAACAUAUAUAUGAAGAUAUCAUAUGGGUGAAAAUGCUGACUUACUGUUUGCAAGGUAUGUACAAUAGACCUAUUACUCACAAUAGCUGUGGUGUCUUCUGAGUCAUUUUGUUGUGGUCGGUUUUGGUCGGUCACAACUGAGUUUGAAACAAUUCUGUGACUUCCAAAGGGCACAGACACGUAUUAAGGGGUGGGCGAGGAGGAGAUACGAUACUGGGACCGCCAUCCAUCCACUCCCUGUUGGUUGGUUUGUGACACCACAACAUCAAAGGCAUGACGUCAUGGUUUCAUAAUAAAAGUUUGAUGUAUGAUUUACUGUAUACAAUUAUUGUUUAUGCCUUAACUGUGGUAUUAUGAAAUAUCCAAAGUACAAUGUUAUAUUUUACUUUGGGAGGGGAACUGUGGCCCAGCACCAGUUUACACUGGACAACAGGCAAGAAUAAAGGGUCACUCUCCACACUGCUAGACUGUGUCUGGAUCACUCGGCUAAAGCCAGCAAUAGAUCGUUACAUGCUGCCACCAUUUUAGUCAUGUUCCCUGUAUCUAAUAACAGCACUGAAUGAUAAUGUUUUUGUGCAAAAAGGAACCAGACUAUUUUUCCUUUCAGCCUAGCUUUGGUUGCGUUAAUUUGAAUUGGAAAAAAAUCAAGAUGGCCCAAACAUGAUAAUGGUCUAUAAGCAAUGCGCCUAUUUAGAAAUGUGGUGCUUUUAUAUUUUAUCCAGUGCACUGCUUUAAAGGUCAAAAUGAAAUUUGUUUUCUCAAAUACAUGUAAUUUAAGUGGAAAUUGGAAAUUAAAAUCCGGUGCUAUCAUCCAUAUUUUCUCGUACACUCAUCCAUCAUUAACUCUUAUCCAUCACUAAAUGAUAAAUGAUAAAAUACCAGGUGCUUGUUUUUCCCCACAUUACCUUUCAACUAUGCAGUGUACAUUUUGUAUAUUUCAAAUUGUUAUCCUGUUUUGAAGGAUUAUGUUCUCUUCCCCUUUGUAGCUUUUGCCAAGAAUAAAAACCUUUGAAUGUGUUUUUUUUUUUAUACAAUGAACAUUAAUUUAAAAAAUACGGCCAUAAAAAAAAUUGCAAUGACGAUUCUUGUUGUCAAGGUGCUUGAAUGCAGACCCUAAAAUCGGUGCGAAAUGGGGGCUACAUUGCACAUUUCAAGGUUACAUGUACUUCCAUUUUUGUAUGCAGCCUUUCAUUGCAAAACAAAAUAUGUGUUUCAAGUGAAGUUAAAACAGUUUUAUUAUGAAUAACUCAUAAUAUGCAUUGAUAUGAUGUACUGACUGAUUGUAUUGAAUAAUUAAUACAUUUUUUUAUAAAGAAUAAUAAUUGUUGAAGAGACAAA